UUGUUGUUGUUGUUCAUAUUCACAUACACACAAAUUCCUUCCUUGCAUUUGUAUCAUGAAUCUUUCCUGCAACUGUACUCAGUGAUGUUUCUCUCUUUUGCUUCCUAGCCAGGUGUUGUGUUGUGAGUUACACAGAGUUGAUCUGCUGGUUUUGAAGCAGAUUUCAAUAAUGAUUCUUGCUGCUCUUCUAACUUCAGUUGGAAUUAACCUUGGACUAUGUUUCAUAUUUUUCACCCUCUACUCUAUAUUGAGAAAACAACCUUGUAAUCUUAUCGUCUAUGCUCCACGCUUAGUUUCUGAAAGAAAACGUGAAGAGGGUGGUCAAUCUAACUUGGAACGUUUAUUAGCUACUACUGAUUGGGUCUCAAAAGCCUGGGAGACCUCUGAAGAACAAUUUCUAUCAACUGCAGGCUUAGACGCUUUUGUCUUUAUGCGCAUAUUUGUCUUCAGUUUAAAAAUAUUUACUUUUGGUGGAAUUGUGGGGCUCCUCAUUCUUCUUCCAAUUAAUUGUAUGGGGAGUCAGCUUCGUGAUAACUCUAAUUUUCAAAACAAGUCUUUGGAUUCCUUCAGUAUUUCUAAUGUUAACAAUGGUUCAGACAGGUUAUGGAUCCACUUUUGUGCCGCAUAUGUCUUCACUGUAGUUGUCUGCAUUCUUCUUUAUUAUGAGUAUGAGUAUAUUUCAUCAAAAAGAAUUGCUUGUUUCUAUUCAUCCAAGCCUGAGCCUCAUCACUUUAGUAUAUUAGUAAGAGGUAUUCCUGUUCCAACUGGAAGCAAUUGUACCGAUAUUGUUGAGCACUUCUUCCAGGAGUAUCACCCUUCUACUUAUCAUUCACAUGAGGUUGUUCGUCGAAGCAGUAAACUUCAAAUCCUAAUUACAGAUGCAGAGAGACUGUACAGAAGGCUCACCCAACUGAAGAACAACGACGACACUCCUCGACGGCAAAGGCGUGAUGGAUGUUUGGGACUUUUUGGUCAUAAAGUUGAUAUGUUAGAUCAUUAUGAAAAGACAUUAGGAGACAUUGCAGACAAUGUGAGAAUAGAACAGCGUUCAUUGGCAGGAAAGGAAGUUCCAGCUGCAUUUGUCUCAUUUAAGUCACGAUUUGGUGCUGCAAUAGCUCUAAACAUUCAAGAAAGUGUAAAUCCCACACACUGGAUUACUGAGCAAGCUCCAGAACCUCAAGAUGUUUAUUGGCCUUUCUUUUCUGUCACAUUCAUUAGAAGAUGGAUCAGCAAGCUGGUGGCUUUUGUUGCCUGCAAUGUUCUUACAAUGCUAUUUUUAAUCCCAGUUGCUCUGGUACAAGGUCUUACCCAUCUUGAUCAGUUGGAAACCAUGUUCCCUUCUCUGAAAAGCAUACUGAGAAUGGCAGUUGUCAGCCAAGUUAUAACAGGAUACCUUCCCAUUUUGAUUCUUCAGAUGUUUUUGUCAGUUGUGCCACCGAUUAUGAUUAUGCUUUCAUCUUUGCAAGGAUACAUAUCAUGGAGUCAAAUACAAAAAAGUGCAUGCACUAAAGUAUUAUGGUUUACUAUAUGGAACAUUUUCUUUGCAAAUGUAUUAUCAGGGUCAGCUUUCUAUCGAUUGACGAUUUUUCUUGAGCCCAAAGAGUUUCCCAGAGUACUAGCUGAAGCUGUACCAGCACAGGCAUCAUUCUUCAUAGCAUAUGUUGUGACAUUCGGAUGGACUAACAUAGCAUCAGAACUCUUUCAAUUGAUUCCACUUCUUUACAACUACUUUAAUGUAAUUUUUUGUGGAGAUAGUGACACUGAUGAUUUUGAGGCACCAUCAAUUCCUUACCACAGUGAAAUUCCCAGGAUUCUUUUCUUUGAUCUUCUUGGUGUUACAUAUUUCAUCCUUGCUCCUCUAAUACUUCCAUUUCUCUUAGUCUACUUUUGUUUGGGAUACAUCAUUUAUCGCAACCAGCUUUUAAAUGUUUAUGUGCCAAAGUACCAUACUGGAGGAGAGUUUUGGCCUACAGUGCACAACUACACAAUUUUUUCAUUGAUACUGAUGCAUAUUAUAGUAAUUGGGAUAUUUGGGCUGAAGAAGCUUCCACUUGCAUCUGCUUUGAUUCUACCUCUUCCUAUUCUCACUCUUCUAUUCAAUGAGUAUUGCCGGAAACGCUUCUUUCCUAUUUUCAAGUCUUAUCCUACAGAAUGUUUGAUCAAGAAGGACAGAGAAGACCAAAAUGACCCUAACAUGUCUGAAUUUUAUGAUAAGUUGGCCAGUGCAUAUAAUGAUCCAGCUUUGAUGCCAAUCAAAUAUUCAGGAAGGUGUGGUAAUAACCCCAGGCUUCCUCUACUUAAUAACUUAAAGGUUUAAGUUCAUAAUUAGCUUCUUAUGGCUUCCCUUGUAAGUAACAAUGUAGAGUUUAACACAUGGUUUGUUAUGCUGGUAAGACAAUGUACCUUCAACUUCUGACUUUGAAUUUAUAUUUGAUU